AUGACGCGCCCUACCCUGGCCUGGAGCUGGGCAGUCGCACUCGCAGCCAUCUCGCUCUCGGUGCUGCCCGACGCCGCUGCCCUGCCAUCCCCCGCUUCCCUCGGCACCGGCCUCCGCUUCCUCUACCAAAACGACCUCGACUGGCAGAGGGCCGCAGACGCCCCAAGGCGUCAGCCCGGCUACAUCCUCCUCACCGAACCCCUCUCCCAGCCAACGGCAGACUCGGACUGCAGGGCCAUUGGCGAAUCCCUCGCCCCCAUCGAUCCAAACAACCUCGACCCGGGCCUCGAGUCCCAGCUCACCUACCAGAUCCACGACGGCGCCUACCCCGCACAGCAGCGCUUCUGGGUCUCAGCCGGCAACGCAGUCUCCCUCUCGGCUUCCAGCAAGCUCGAAGUCGUACCUGACGCCAACAAGCCAAGCCCAGACACGCGCCUCCCCGCCAUCUGCACCCAGUCUGCGCCCUGGAACCACGCCAACUCGACAGACACCAGCGCAAGGUGGCAGCUCAGCGCAAACUACGGCCACCUCGACUUCCAAGGCUACCGCGACGCCCUCUCGUUCCGUUUCCUCGGCGUGCCCUACGCCAACCCCACCGAGCGCUUCGCCUACUCGACCGUCUACGACAACGCCAAACAGGCAAGCAUCCCGUGCCAGCUCGAGGGCCGCUCCAACCAGUGCCCGCAGACGGCCGGCACCGACAAGCCGUACACCGAGCAGUGCCUCGUCACCAGCAUCUUCACCCCCUACCUCCCCACCCGCUCCCAGGUCGCCAAGCGCCAACACCUCCGCCCCAUCCUCCUCUGGAUCCACGGCGGAGGCUACACCAGCGGCAGCGGCCUCGACUUUACCUUUGACGGCGGCAACCUCGCCAGCCGAUCCGACAUCGUCGUCCUCACCACAAACUACCGCCUCGGCGCGCUCGGCCACCUGGCCUACAACGACCAGAUCCGCGGCAACUACGGCCUCGGCGACCUCGUCACCGUCCUCAAGUGGAUCCAAAAUUAUGGUCCCACGUUUGGCGGCGACCCGGCCCAGGUCACCAUCGCAGGCCAGUCGGCCGGCGCCCAGCAUGUCGAGCACCUGCUCGCCUCGCCCGCCGCCGCCGGACUGUUCCACCGCGCCAUUGUCAUGAGCGGCCAGGGACAAGACGCCAACACCGUCAACCCCACCAUCGAAUCGGCCAGGAGCAACAAGACGCAGGCCAUCAUCGACAAGGUCGGAUGCGGUGGCGGCGGCGGCGACGACGCCGCCCUUCUCGACUGCCUGCGGCGCGUCGACGUCGCCACCUGGCUGGGCAACCCGUACACGGGCACCGUCCAGGACGGCACCUACAUCGACUCGCCCCGCCUCGACAUGCGCAGCGCCGACCGGGCCACGGGCCACGUCAACCGCGUACCCGUCGUGUGGGGCCACAUGCGCGACGAGCGCGGCUCGCUGGGCCGCGUGCCCCCCGCCAGCGAGACUGACCUGCGCAAGGCCCUGACGUUUGCCGGCAUCUCGGCGGCCAACCAGGACCUCGUCGUCAACGACCCCGUCGCCUUCCCCGUCGACGCCUACGGCGUCCAGAACCUGACCGUCACCGUCGACACCGACUACACGUACGCGUGCGGCAUUGAGGCCAUGGCGUACGCCUCGGCGGCCAACGGCGUGUUCCCUCGCACCUAUGCCUACGUCUACGACCAGCGUGCGUUCCAGAUCCCCAACUACGACCCCAACGCCGUGUGCCAGCCGCGCGACGGACGACCCUCGUCGGGCGACUACUACUACUGCCACUCGGGCGACCUAAUGACGGUGUUUGGCACCGCCGGCAGCGCCUUCCGGCUGCCUUACCGCGACGACGAGGAUCUGGCGUGGGUCACGCUCAUCGUCGACCAAGUCUCGGCGUUCGUGCGGACCGGGUACGCCGCGCCGUCCAAGGCAUACCUCGAGGCACGCGGACGUGAGUACGCCCUCACGCUGGACCGGGCUACGAAGGGUGAGAGCCGCUGGACCUCGGUCGAUUCGACCGGCAGCGGAGGUGGCGGGUACCGCGCCAUGAGCUUUGGGCCGAUGCAGAAGAUGACGGGCCUUGCUCGCCCGCUCCGACAGUGCAAGGUGCUAGGUAAGUCGUUGCCCUACAUUGCCAAGCUGUGA